GUUUGCUAAAGCUGAAAGCUCAAAGCAAGAUCAGCCACCAUGAGGCUGUCGGUGUGUCUCCUGCUGGUCACUCUGGCCCUUUGCUGCUAUGAGGCCAAUGCAGUGGUCUGUCCAGCUGUUGCUUCCGAAAUCACAGGCUUCUUAUUUGCUGGAGACAAAGUGUUCAGGCAACAACUCUCCAAAUUUCAUCCACCUCAGGAAGCUGUUGCUGCCAAGUUGGAAGUGAAGAAAUGUACAGAUCAGAUGCCCCUUUUCGACAGAAUGAGAAUUGAGAAAAUAUUGGGGAAAAUACUGGUGAAGUGUAUGUAG